AUGUGUACAUGUUUACUAAUAUCUGUCUCUGUCUCUCUCUCCCCCUUGUUUCUCUUUUCUCUUUCCUUUUUUUUUUGUUUUAACUUAUAUUUCAAUUUUUCCGUCCCCCCCCCGACCUUAAGCGGACAUCCGUGUCCAUUUUUCACAUUUUUUUUCUCUUACUUUAAACAUCCCAUAUCUCUGUCGUUGCUUCUUCUCCAUCUUUUCUUCUCAAUUAAUCUUUCUUUCCGUCUCUCUAUCUCUCUCCCCAGCUUCUCUUCCUCUCGAUCUCUUUCUCUGACUCUUUUACUUUCUAAACUUUUUCUCGUUCUAUCUUUACUUAUCUUAUCUCCCAUUUCCCUUAUUUGUUUUUCAUUCAUUUUCCCCACUAUAUAUACGAGAAUAUCCCUCUUCUUCUUCUUCUUCUUCUUCUUCUUCUUCUUCUUCUUCUUUAAUCCUUUCUCUUUCUGUUGCUGCUAUGUUUUCUCCUUCCUGUUUCCUUUUCUAUAUAAUGUUUUAAUCUUUCCUUUCAUUUUUCUUUAUUUCACUAUCACUAUUUUCUUAUUCUCGUUUCAUUUUACAAUAUCUUUCUCCUUUUAUCUAUUGCUUUAA